CCCGCUGGCCACCACCCUCCUGCUUUCCCCUCCACAGAUGCAGUAAGCUGGGCCCGAGGACUCCCCAGUCACCCUGACACACCAUCCAACAUCUACGAGGGAGGGCUGGGGGCCCAGCAGCAGCAGUGCCCCAGUGCCCAGGGAAGCAAGCCCAAGAACUUCCGGCUGCGCCACCUCAGGGGCCUGCCGCUCUACCUGCCAAGCCACGUGCAGCCUGCUGGCCAGUGUGAGAGUCACUGGCUGGGCCGGCUCCUGGCAGAGGGCUGCCUCCUAUGGCCUGAGGGCAUGGCCUGGCCCCUAGACCUGCCACAUGGGACUCUGAACCCAGAUAACAGCCACCACUCAGCCAUUCUGGAAGCUCAACUGCCCAGGGACAGCCUGGGAAAUACAGCUUCCAGUUCCAGCAUGGAUCUAGCCAAGGAUGCCCUCUCCCAGCCUGGUACCUCUGAAGGCUUGGCGUUCAGGCCCAAGAGGUCCUGGGAAGCGUCAGAGGAAUCCAAAUGUCCACUGUGCAAGAGAACCCGCUCUGGGCCUAUGGAGAGGCCACAGGGAUCCCAGGGCCAGGGCUGGUUCUCAUAGCUCAGGACAGGAGGUGAAAAAUGACCCAGGAAGUGGUGGAGGAGGCAGGUCUAGAGAGGGAGGGCUCCCCCCCAUCAGUAGCCCCUCCAGACUGAGACACCUGCAGCUGCCCAGCACCAGAGCCUGGGCCAGCCUCAGGAAAACUCAAGGGGAGGGAGGGGGAGGCCCUGAAGGAGGGACAGAAAAACCAGAAGCCUGGGCAUGCCCUUGCAGCCUGCUCCAACUUGAGUCAACCACUUUACCUGGGAGGCCAGGCUGAGCAGAGUGGAACUCCCAAGAGGUAGGGGAGCCCACAGGUCUAAUCUCAAUAAAAACCAAAGCCUGCA